CAAUUUUGAUUAGGAUCGACCUGAUCAAGCAGUUUUCUGGGUGAGCGAUAUUCUAACCACUUCAAGUUGGGAUUUCGUAGAAAAAAGUGUUCCUCGAAAAUGAUAUGGCUAGUUUUCGUUUUUUUAUUUCUGGUGCUACUUUACAUCUACUCCAUCCCGAACUUAUGGAAAAACAAAAACAUCGAUUUCGUACCUCCGUUCCCAGUUGUCGGUAAUUUCUUGAAUACCAUUUUAAGAACAGAAGGUAUUGGUGAGAUAAUUAAAAAAAACUACGAUGGCUACGAUUCCAGUACUCCCUAUUUUGGUAUGUAUUUCUUCAGAACACCAUUUCUGGUCAUAAAAAGCAGGGAACUGGUGAAAACUGUACUAGUGAAAGAUUUUAGUCAUUUUCCUAAUAGACCUACUUACGCUGAUGAGUAUAUCGACCCUUGGUCUACCAAAACACUGCUGACACUGAGAAAUGAAGAGUGGAGAUCUUUAAGAAACAAACUCUCAACAGUUUUCACUUCUGGCAAGAUGAAAAUGAUGAUACAUCUGAUGAAAGAAGUGUCGGAUCAAAUGGAGGAAUAUCUGGAAGAGAGAAAAUCCGAAGAUGUCGACGUAAGAGAACUAUCCAGAAGAUUUUUUAUUAACAUAAUCACGAAAUGUGUCUUCGGUAUAAAACCUAACAAUUUAAAGGACGACAAUUCUUACAUCAGGAAUCUAGCAAGCAGAUUAAUCGAUAUCGAGAAUUACAAGUGGAUUUUCUCUUUGUUGCUUUAUUUCACAUUCCCGAUUAUAGUGAAGUUGUGUGGCCUCCAAUUUGUUGAUAAGGAAGCGGCAGAUUAUCUGGUCAAAGUUUUCGAAGAUUCGUACAAAGAAAGGAAGAAAACGAAAAUGGUAACUAACGAUCUUGUUGAUCUUCUUCAUAACCUUAAGGAGCAAGAGAAGGAAGAUGAUACUUUCAAAUUCGAUGACAUGAAAUUAGCAGCCCAAGCCCUGGUGUUUUUCCAAGCAGGUAGUGAACCAGCCUCUAGUACCCUCUCAUUCUGUUUGUACGAACUGGCUUUGAACAAAGAAGUGCAAGAUACACUUCGAGAGGAGAUACAUCAAAAUAUUGAUGCAGAUGGUUUUCUUUCAUACGAGGUAUUGAUGGGACUGACCUACCUUGACUUAGUCCUAAAAGAAGCUUUAAGAAAAUAUCCACUUGUACAAGUUCUCGUCAGACUCGUAGAAAAAGAAUAUACUUUCGAAAAAACUGGACUGAAGGUCGAGAAAGGUGUCAGUGUUGUUAUUCCUAUGCUAGCCCUUCAUUAUGAUCCAAAAUACUAUCCUGAUCCAGAGAAAUUCGAUCCAGAAAGAUUUAGAGGAGAAAAAUUCAGGAAACUUGAUUACGUCUAUCUACCGUUUGGGGAUGGACCUAGAAAAUGUAUAGGAUACAGAUUUGCUGUGAUGUCCUUGAAAAUAGCGUUAGCAAUGUUUAUAAAGAGUUUCGAAGUGCUACCCUGUACCAAGACUGAAAUACCACUAGAAUUCAACAAAACAUCUUUCUUCAUCUCUCCAAAAUCAAGCUCUAUUGUUUUGAGGGUCAACGCUGUCGACAAAUACAAAAAAGAUUGAUGAUGAGUUGAUAAUAUAAUAGCAAAUAAAAUCAUAAUAAUAUGUUCAUGUCCGAAACACUACAUUGUUUAGUUGUAAUGUAAAUAAAUCAUAUACCUAAGUAUCAUAUAGAUAAUGGAGAAGAAUAUUAAUUUAAUAGAAGUAAAUGAAUUUAUUAUGAAUGCACUCGUGAUGGUAUUAUAAAAA